GCUGUCUGUCCGUGCCGGAAACCAGGUCGCCCGGAACUGUCGGUCGCGGCUGCGCCCGGCCCAGCGGCGGCCGCCAAGAUGGCGGAGUACGUGCGGGUGCUGAGGCGGGCGCUGCAGCAGCUCGGGGGUCACGGCGGCCUCCGCGGCGUCCUCUGGCAGCUGCUCAGGGUCAACGAUUUGAAGAUCGGUGCUCUAGUAGGUGUUGACAAAUAUGGAAACAAAUACUAUGAAGACAAAAAGAAUUUUUUUGGUCGACAUAGAUGGGUUCAGUAUACUACUGAAAUGAAUGGCAAAAAUACAUUCUGGGAAAUGGAUGGAAGCAUGGUGCCACCGGAAUGGCAUCGUUGGCUUCACUGCAUGACUGAAGACCCUCCAACUACUCAUCCACCAGUUGCUCGUAAAUUCAUUUGGGAGAACCACAAAUUCAAUCUGAGUGGCACUCCUGGGCAGUAUGUCCCUUUCUCUACAACACGUAAAAAGAUACAGGAGUGGAUCCCACCUACAACCGCUAACAAAUAAUUGAAAAGCCUGACUUGCCUAAAACUAGUUUCUCAAUGAAAACUGUACCUUCAUCGUUUGGUUGGUUUAAAAUAAAAGCCUCUGACAAAAGUAAAAGUUUGUUUUUAUUGGGAUUGAAGAACAUUUUUACAAACAAAAAUAGGAAGUGUUUAAAAAAAAAAGUGGGUAAGAGGCCAAGUAAAGAAUAGUGUUACCUUUAUUCAAAUAUUUUUAUCAGAUAUCUUCAUGUGCUUUUUUCCUCUCUGUGGUUUUUAAAUAAACCUUACUUUUCUAGUAUUUAUUACAUCUAACUGUUGCUAUGACAGUCAUGUCUCAUCUGUAUAAUAUCCAGAUAGAUGUGAAAUACAGUAAUGUUCCUCUGAGGCUGAACGUACAAAUAAUGUAAUGGGGCAGGAUAGUAACAAUGGACCAUUUCCAACACUAUACCUAAGUAGUGCUCCCAGGACUCAUUUCUAGGAAGCCAUCUCUUUAAAAAAAAAUAAUAAUAAUAAUUAUAUUGCAAGUGAGAAAGGAGUGCCAAUAAAGAAUCUUAGCGUUUUCUUUACAAAUACUUUUGUUAUUCUGCAUAUACGUACGUGUGUGUAUACACACACACACACACACACACACACACACACUAUGCUAUAGCAUGUAAUGUAACAAUAUAACAUAUUUUAAAACUUCCACAGUAAUCUAUAUGGUGGAAGUUCAUCAGGAGGAGAAAGAAAGGGCUGAAUUAAUGGGACAAAUUUUCAUAUGCAGACACUUAGGCUGUAAUUUACAUGUCUGCAUCCACAAAUGUGUGUGCAAUGCAGGAUUUUUGGACUAAGCCUUUACUGCCUGCUUUUGACAAUUUGUUCCAAUGUAUCUACAUACAUUAGUGGUCAUUACAUAGAUGUCCCAGGGUAUUGUCUGCUUAUACAUGGAAUAUCGUUUGCAAUUUUGUAGCUGUGUUGGUCCCAGGAGAUGAGAGAAACAAGGAUGGGUGAGGUAAUAGCCUUUAUUGGACCAACUUCUUUAGGUGAAAGAGACAAGUUUUUGAGCUCCACAGAGCUCUUCUUCUGAUCUGGGAAAGGUAAUCAUAGUAUCACAGCUAAAGGUAAGGUGGAACAAAUUGUUAAGCAUAAGGAAUUAAUACGUUGCAAGAAAAUAUUCAAAAUGAAAUGGUCAGUUAACACCUCUGUAGUCAUAGGACUGAAGAUGUUCUCUCUCUGUGUGUGUAUGUGUGUAUAUAUAUGUGUAUAUAUAUAUCUUCCUACUGUAUUUUCCACUGCAUGCAUCUGAUGAAGUGGGCUGUAGCCCACGAAAGCUUAUGCCCAAAUAAAUUUGUUAGUCUCUAAGGUG